GCCUGCCUUGUAAAAUCAAGAGUCUCUCUUAAAGAAGUUCAGACGUGCACCAAGAUGGCAAGUGCGGCGUCUUUCAGUGUGUGGGACUAUGUGGUCUUCGCCUUAAUGCUGGUGAUCUCAGCAGGCAUCGGGGUUUACUACGCCUUCAGCGGACGAGGUCAGAGCAGCUCGGCAGACUUUCUGGUGGGUGGACGGAGUAUGACGGCAGUGCCGGUGGCUCUGUCACUGACAGCCAGCUUCAUGUCAGCCAUCACCGUUCUGGGGACCCCGGUGGAGGUGUAUCAGUACGGAGCCAUCUUCAUCCUCAUCUGCUUUGCUUAUUUUCUGAUGGUGGCUGUGAGCUCUGAGAUUUUCCUGCCAAUCUUCUACAGACUGGGAAUAACCAGCACCUAUGAGUAUCUGGAGAUGCGUUACAAUAAAGUAAUUCGACUAUUUGGGACAGGGCUGUUUAUCAUACAGACAGUGUUAUACACGGGUCUGGUAAUUUAUGCUCCGGCUUUGGCUUUAAACCAAGUCACAGGUGUAGAUCUCUGGGGUGCCGUCAUGUCCACCGGAGUGGUUUGCACUCUCUACUGUACAUUAGGCGGUCUAAAGGCAGUGGUGUGGACGGAUGUAUUCCAGGUGGGCAUCAUCUUUGCCGGGCUCUUGGCUGUCAUCGUCCAAUCAGUGCUGCUGCAGGGCGGGAUCUCCACUAUCAUCAGUGACUCCGCCCAGGGUGGGCGGCUCAACAUAUGGGACUUCGAUCCAAACCCUCUGAGGAGACACACUUUCUGGAGCAUCACAGUGGGAGGGACGUUCCUCUGGACCAGCGUCUAUGGUAUCAAUCAAGCUCAGGUGCAAAGAUACAUAUCAUGCAAGUCCAUGUUCCAUGCCAAAAUGGCUUUAUACAUUAACUUGGUAUGUCUUUGGGCUAUAUCGUUAUGCUCUGUAUUUUGUGGCUUGUGUCUAUACUCCUUUUAUAAGAACUGUGAUCCAUGGACAGCAAGAAAGGUGUCUUCUUUGGAUCAGCUUAUGCCAUACCUGGUGUUGGACAUCCUGAGUGAAUAUCCUGGCGUGCCUGGACUGUUUGUGGCAGCAGCAUAUAGUGGCACAUUAAGUACAGUUUCCUCCAGUGUAAAUGCUUUGGCUGCAGUAACUAUUGCAGAUCUGAUACGGCCAUACCUCAGUCUGUCAGAAAAGCAGCUGUCCUGGGCUUCAAAGGGCAUGAGUCUGUUUUAUGGUGCCGUGUGCAUCGGAAUGGCUGGUGUUGCAUCUUUAAUGGGAGGGAUGCUACAGGCUGCUAUUAGUAUCGUAGGAGUGGUUGGCGGACCUCUACUAGGCCUUUUUUCUCUUGGCAUCCUGUUUCCUUGCGCUAAUGCAAAGGGAGGUUUAGCAGGGUUGAUAUCUGGUUUGGUGCUGUCACUGUGGGUGUGCAUCGGGGCACAGAUUUACCCUCCACUACCAGAGAACAGCAGACCGUUGUCUCUGGUGACACACGGCUGUAACUUCUCAGGUAGCACUAACUGGACUGCAAAUACAGAGGAAAAUCUAGAAAGGCCUUUCCUGGCUGAUAAUUGGUACUCGCUCUCAUACCUGUAUUUUGGCCCAUUGGGGACUGUGACAGUCAUCACUGUGGGUCUCUUUGUCAGUAUACUUUCAGGCGGCAGACAGAUGAAAGUACAGUCUGGGCUUAUGAUAUCAAAAGAAGAUCUCACCUUCUACAAAGCCUACAAUGUUCUCAAAGCAAAAGUUUCCGGUAGUGCAGGAAAGUUUGACCUGGAGCAGGAGCUGGACAAAUCCUAUGGAAAAACCAACUUUGCUUUCUGUGAUGUAGAGCAUUCUACACAAACACCUACUUAGAACAUCAUAAAACUGAAAUGCCUUUAACUAUACAUGC